AUGCACUUUUUCAACGCCUUUCUUCCCAUCGCCCUGCUCGCGAGCCCAAUCUUCGCUGGUCCCAUUGACUUCGACGCUCGCGCUGGUAGCCUCGAAGCUCGUGCCGGUGAUCUUGAAGCUCGCGCUGGACCAACUGUCACUUGCCGAGCAACAGACAAAACCAAUGCUAAGAAAACGUCCACAAAAAGCUUCACUGUCGAAGUCGACGUAGCCAAAGACCUUGUCAAGAGCCUCGGUGUCAAUCAUAAAGACAGCACCGGCUACCCACAUGCCUAUACAAACAAAGACAAGCUCACGUGGGACGAGGCUGCAUGCAAGAAGACCAACAUUGAUCUGCUCGAGUAUCCUGUCUUUUGGAAGGGCGCUAAGGCGCUUGAUCAGAAAAAGUCUAUUAAGAACCAGGCUCAUUCACCUAUUCGAGUUGUUUAUGCCAAUUCUGGUGGCUCGGCUGUUUACUGUGGGAUCAUGACUCACACGGACUUGAAGAAGGACCAGGAUUGGGGUAAGCAAGAGUCGUGGAUUGGGUCUAGUGGGUUCGUCAGAUGUGAGUAG